UGCUCUUCCCCUCUUCCUUUUUUCUUUUAGUCAGCUAAAUAGCGAAAUUGAGAAUCGAUAGCUGCGUGCGUCUAGGGUUUAGAUUUAUCAAGAGAAUCAUCGUCGCUUCGAAUCCCCCCCGAUUUCACUUUUCUUCGCAGAUUUGAACAAUCUCUUAUGAUUCGAUAGAUCUCUCUCUGUGUGCUAUCGCGGAACUGAUUCACUUGAGAUUUGUUUGUUCUGAGCUCAAAAUCAAACACGAUUCGUAGCAUCUCUGCCUCCGUUCUCGUUCACUGAUCUGAUUUUGCAGCUAAAAUGGUGGAGUCCGAUGAUGGAGUUGAUUUCAAGGCUUAUAGUCCGAUUGAGAGUUCUCUGUUUUCCUUUCAAUGUAUUUGGUCUACGAAGAAGAAGAGAAGUUUGAAAUUAGUCAAGUCCAAAGAGUUUAGCAGGAAAGAGGAGAGAGAGGGAGGCAUGAGGCCGCGUCCUGUGAUAUUCAGAGUCUAUAGUAGGAAAAGGAAGCGGCUUUCGCGUGUGGGUAGUGUUGAAGGCAGUGACGGAGUUGAAGUUAUUCUUAAAGAAGCACCAUCUCAUGAGAAACUGCAACACUCUGUAGAUGAUCAUGAUGGUGUUGUAUUAGGUGAUUGGAUUAAACAAAAGAGGAGGUUCAGGGUGAAGAGUGGGGAAGAUAAGCGCAUAGACUCCGAGGUGAAGACUGUGUCUGUAACGAAAGUGGAACCUUUAGAAGAUGAUACAAUAUUGCCUAGUUGGAGUCCUGGAAGAUUCACGGGUAAAAGGAAGAACAGACGCAGAGUAGGACUUGAUGUUAUGAAAGUGGAACCUUGUGAAGAUCAUGGAAGAUCCACUGGUAGAAAGAGAGACAGACACCAAACAGAACUUGAAGAAGAUGUGGCUUGGGAAGAAGAACUUCAAAUGAUUUCUAAGAUCCAGGCAACAAAGCGAAGAAGAAGAGGUUCCCACACUCCAGAGCAUGUCACACGUGCUAGUGGAUCACGUUCACGUUCGCCAGAUUCAGAGGUGUCAGAUUCCCUUUUGAAAAAUGGGUGUUCUGAUGACCCUGAAAGCAUGAAAAGUUCUUCAAAGGAAUCUAAGGAACGCAUUGCCAUUUGCCAUCAGUGUUUAAAAGGGGAAAGGAUAACACUUCUCGUUUGCAGUGAAUGUGAAGAGACUAUGUAUUGUCUUCAAUGUAUAAGGAAAUGGUAUCCACAUCUAUCUGAGGAUGAUAUCGUUGAUAAAUGUCCUUUUUGCCACAAAAAUUGUAAUUGCAACAGAUGCUUACAUUUGAAUGGUUUAAUCGAGACAACGAAGAGGGACCUCGCGAAUUCUGAAAGACGCCAUCAUCUCCAAUACUUAAUUGCUUUGAUGCUUCCAUUUUUGAAUAUGUUAUCCGAGUCCCAGAAUCAAGAGAUUGAAACUGAGGCAAAGGCUCAAGGAUUACAGCCUUUUGAAGUUGACGUAACUAGCGCAGUGAGCUACUGUGAUGAACGUGUAUACUGUGAUCAUUGUGCAACUUCAAUUGUUGACUUGCACCGGAGCUGCCCAAAGUGCUCUUUCGAGCUUUGUUUGAACUGUUGUCAAGAGAUUCGCGAAGGUUCUAUGUCCCAACGCCCUGAAACGAAGCUGCAGUAUGUUAAUAAAGGAUACAAGUACAUGCAUGGUUUAGAAAUGGAACCGAGCUCCUCUUCUGUUUCCGAGGAGGAUGUAGAAGCUAACACAUUCGCAAAGUGGAAUGCUAGUUCCGAUGGAAGCAUCCCUUGUGCACCAAAAGAGCUAGGUGGUUGUGGUGAUUGUAUGUUGGAGCUUAAGCGAAUCCUACCACAGAACCGGAUCUCAGACUUGGAACAAAAGGCAGAGGCUUUCUUGGCAUCAUACGAUAACAGCCCUCGAGUGUCGAAAUGUAAAUGUUCUGCCUUGGAGACAGAUAUGACAAGGAAAACAGCUUCUAGGAAUGGAUCAAGCGACAACUACUUGUUCUGUCCACGAUCUCUUGAUGUUUUGAAGGAAGAAGGGCUUCUGCAUUUUCAAGAGCAUUGGAAAAAGGGUGAACCGGUAAUCGUUGGGAACGCUCUUGAUAACACACAUGGUUUAAGCUGGGAGCCGAUGGUUAUGUGGAGGGCGUUAUGCGAAAAUUUGGAUUCAACAGCAAGUUCUAAGAUGUCUGAAGUGAAAGCUAUUGAUUGUUUAGCUAAUUGUGAGGUGGAGAUCAAUACUCGUCAUUUCUUUGAAGGUUAUAGCAAAGGAAGAACCUAUGGAAACUUCUGGCCUGAGAUGUUAAAGCUAAAGGACUGGCCUCCUUCUGAUAAGUUUGAAGAUCUUUUACCUCGUCACUGUGACGAGUUCAUAUCCGCAUUGCCUUUUCAAGAAUAUAGCGAUCCUAGAACCGGGAUUCUGAACAUUGCAGCAAAGCUUCCUGAAGGACUUAUCAAACCAGAUUUGGGUCCGAAAACGUACAUUGCCUACGGGAUUCCAGAUGAGCUUGGUAGAGGUGACUCCGUGACUAAGCUUCACUGCGAUAUGUCAGACGCGGUUAAUAUUCUGACGCAUACAACUGAGGUAACAUUAAGUCAAGAACAGAUAUCUGCAGUCAAAGACCUGAAGCAGAAACACAGAGAACAGAACAAGCUAGAGGAACAGGGCACCGAAGACGAUGGCAUUGCCUGCGGCCGUGAGGAAGAAGGAAUGAACAUGCCAGAGAUUCUGAGCUAUGAAAAACAGCAGAAUCAUGACGAAACAGGAAGUGCUCUUUGGGACAUUUUUAGGAGAGAAGAUGUUCCAAAGUUAGAAGAGUAUCUAAGAAAGCAUUGCAAAGAAUUUAGACACACUUUUUGUUGUCCGGUUACAAAGGUUUAUCACCCGAUACACGACCAGUCAUGCUAUCUAACCGUAGAGCAUAAAAGAAAACUCAAGGCGGAGUUUGGGAUCGAACCAUGGACAUUUGUGCAAAAGCUAGGAGAAGCUGUGUUUAUUCCUGCGGGUUGCCCUCAUCAAGUCCGUAAUCUAAAGUCGUGCACUAAAGUUGCAGUUGACUUUGUGUCACCAGAGAACAUCCAUGAGUGUCUACGUCUUACCGAAGAGUUUCGUCAACUUCCCAAGAACCACAAGGCCAGAGAGGACAAACUUGAGACGGAGAGAAUCUCGCCAAAGUGAUAAACGAAGACAACUAAAUCAUAAAAAAAAAUAGAUGUGGUAAAUCAGAGAAGAAAUCCGUAGAGAAACUUCACUUUGUAUAUGAAGCCGACCUUCGAAUUAACAGAAUGAAGUAAAAAAAACUGAUGUUGAAGUACCCAUCUAAUGGGGUUUGAGAUCGGUGGUAGACGUCUCGAAUGGUGCUAGGAUCUCUGGAGAGAGAGAGGUGGUGGAUGAUUCUCCAUAAAUUUUCCUUGGUAAAAAAGAUUGAGCACAAAACUCCAGUUCUAAAGAACUCAGCAGGAGAGUAGCAAAUGUAGCGCAACGAAGGAUAGGACGGACGUAAAUCAUGAACUUUGGCUCUAAAGAGCUCGUCGGGAAAGACAUUGAACUUAACAAGGAGCCUCAUCGUAACAGUUCUAGACUUGAUAUUGAUGUGCGGCUGCGAAGAAGCCGGUGAAGCUGCAAGGUUUGGGGUUGAUAGUGCAAAUGCAAAGGAGAGGGUCGGAAUAGUUUGUGUACAGAUGUAGUUCUUGCAGUACAAGUAUUCUUAAUGGGCCUUGUUGUGUUAGUAGGCUUUGAAGAUGGGCCUUGAGAGACCCAACCAUGAGCCAAGCCCACGCACGUACGAAGGAGAGUGAAUCUCGAGGAGUCAGGCUGAAGCACAAUGGAUGUGAGAAGGUAGGAGAAGAGCGGAGCAAAUCCAAACCGUGAUGAAAGCAGAGCCAGCACCACCAAGGACUGUCGCAGUCUGAGACGGUGUGAAAUGCUGGAGGCGCAGCGAAGUAUAGAAAAUGAGAUCUGGUGAGUGAGACCACGAGCUUAGUAGAUCCAGCGUUUCCACUUGGACUGAGAGGAGCGGCGAUGAGGAGUGGAGUAGGAGUGGCGGCAAUGACAAGAUGAGCCGGAGAGACAGUGAUGACGAGGGAAGCAAGAAAUGUAGCGAUGAAGUGAGAAACAGGAAAGAUGGAAGCAAUGAGAGGAGCAGUGGCGGCGGCGGCGACUACGAGAUGGACCUGGGAGACAAUGACAAUGAGGGGAGCGAGUUGGAGCGACAGAGAGAAAUGACAACAUGAAGUAAAGCGAGGCGGUGGUGGUGGACUGGAUGGAGAAUAGGAGAACAUAGCAGACAUCGAUGCCAGCGAGCUUGAUCAAUGUCGAGUAAAAGCAGUUGAUGGCGCCUCAGAGAACGUUGCCUAGAGAGAAGUUCUAGCUAGAUACAUGUCCUAGACCUUGAAUUAUUAAUUCAAAAAUUUGAAUACAUUGCAACGAGGGUGUUGAAUUUUUGAAAGAAAAGAAAUACAUGAUUCAACGGGUUGACACUUUUUGGGGCCCUUUUGCCAUGUGUCAGCUUUUCAUUGGCUGUCCACAUAUUUUGUUUUUUAUCUACACCCAAUAAUUGAAACUUAUUUUU